CUUCUUCUGCUUUUCCCUACCUACUUUCUAAGAGCAUCUCCCUGCAACCGUUCAAUAUGAAUAAAUACAUCUUUCAAAAGGAUGCCUUUUUUACAGAUAGCCCUGAGAUUCACAUACGGCGCCACCCCGCUGUAGAAGACAUCGUGCGGCAGAACAAGGUGUGGAUCGAGCAACAGGUCGAGAAUGGCGGAAGGAUGAACUGCCAGACCCGACCGCUAUCUGACGAGGAGAGAGACGGACACUUAGUUCGUCUCUUAGGAGUCCAGAAGAUGCAUGCUAUGUUGCUCGUAGUGAAAGACGAGACUGAUUACUGGCUCAAGUAUCAUAAUCUGAAAAAAGAAUGGCCCGUUGGCGAAACCGACCAUCCAUGCGGUAUGCUCGCGACCAAUGACAAAUGGUUCAUGAUGUCUUGGGAUGACUUUCAUCUCAAGAGGUACGGUCAAGAGAGGAGGGACAGAGAAAGCUGUGUCCCUUCACAGAUGAAAGGGGAGGAUGGCCCAUUGUGGUACGAGUUCGCAGUGAAAAGUGAGUUUCAUCGAUGGAAUUGGCAGACCGACUAAAAAGAAAACCUGUAGAAUGCGAUUAUUGUAGUGGAAAAUACGACGACGUGACCCCGUUGGUCCUGGGUCGGACGACUACCGACGCCAGUACUUGGUGAUAAGAUUUCGGUGGGCGAGAACUGAAAGAAAUGGAGCUUCCGGACCCCGAUCUCGAGCAGCAACAUUGGUGGUAUAGUGCACAAGCCCUGGCCACGGCUAGAACGUGUAGAGCAUAUGAAAAUGACAGUGACUUGCGAGAUCUUGUUACAGUACCCUAGUCUUCCCUUUAAAACUAUCGUGCCG